AUGCGCUAUCGGGAGUGGACAACCAGCGUCGAAGAGGCCGGUUCGAGGUAUUUCGGGAUAACUGGGGACGACUCCGAUCGCUUCCCAGCAGAGGUGGAAGAUGAAUUUGAGAAUUCUCCAGCGACUCGAAAUCUCUUCGCGAAGGUGGUGGAGGCAGUGGGGACAGCUGUGGCUGGUUUGCACAACAUCUCCAGGCUGGUUUUCGAACUGAACGCCCUGGGCAUGCGACACAUCAACUACAACAUGCAAGAGGAGUACUUUGCAUACGGUGGGCAAGCGCUGGUCCUCACGCUGCAGGACGGGUUAGGCAAGGCGCUCACUGACGAGAUCAAGCAGGCUUGGGUUUCUAUCUAUGAGUUCAUUUCGGCCAACAUUAUCAGUGGCCUGAGGUUCGCGCACGAAAAGGCGAAUUUGUUGAAAAAGGUCCAGCUGGACUUGCACAAAGAAGGCAGCAGCUGGUCCACUGGCGCCUCCGCCGUUUCGGCGGGGAGCCAGGAGGAUUCGUUCGAUGAUGAUGCUUCCUAA